UCAUGGAGGACACGUUUGGAUUUAGUGGCGGCUUUUCCGAUUUAGAGUCAAGAUGGAUUAUUCGAAUGACCAACUGACAGAGUGUCAGUCACAAAUGGUAUCAUUUUGGGAUCUCAUACGUGCUGAAAUAGACGGCUUAAAAUGCGACCAUGCAGCAUUUAAGACUCAAGAUCUACCCUUGGCAAGAAUAAAGAAAAUUAUGAAACUAGAUGAUGAUAUUAAGUGUAUGAUGAUUAGUGCUGAAGCACCAAUACUGUUUGCUAAGGCAGCUGAACUUUUUAUUCGAGAGUUAACCUUAAGAGCUUGGGUUCACACGGAACGCAACCGAAGACGCACACUUCAAAGGAAUGAUAUAGCUAUGGCAGUCAGUGAUGGAGAUACAGAUCAGUUUGACUUCCUUAUUGAUAUUGUACCUCGUGAAGAAACCAGAGGGCAUCGUCGACCAAACCAGGCGACCUCUUCCUCAAAUACCAAUGGUAGUUCGGUGAAUGUUAAGCAAGAAAAUCCUGUGAAUAGGAACAAUUUCUUCACAAAUACAAAUGGUGCGCAUUCCUUGUCUCUAGAACAAGGCUCGAGUCAAGUAGUUGUCUCGGGAUUGUCGAGUGGUGCUACUGGAGCUUCAGCACAACCCCAAACAGUGACUGUUGCUUUGGCAUCUGGAGCAAUCGCCGGAGCAACUUCUGUUAACUCAGGAAUCCCAUGUCAAACAUUGGUUCAACAGAACCAACCCACAUCUGUUCAUUUUACAACUGUCUCUUCUGGUGCUGGUCUAGGUGGUGCUCAGUCUUCAGCCAAUACCUCGUCAACAGUAAUAGCAGCCUCCGCUCCAAAUACUACUACAGUCAAUACUACAGCAGCUCCGUUGCAGUACGUUCUACAACUUCCAGUAGGUGCAGCUGGAGCAUCAGCUGGACAGCCUUUUCAAAUACAAGUCCUUCCUCAACAUUUUCAGACGGCUAACACGGACGCUGUAUCUGCUGGUCAAGCUGGUGCUAUUCUCACUGAUGGUAGCACGUUCCCCUUAGUUCAAGUUGUCUCUCAACCUAACAUACUUCCAAUCCUUCAAGAAGCCGGUGGAACGAGAGCUCAAAUUUUGCAGAUUCAGGUGCCGGAACCAACCGCUGGUCAACGACCCACCUUGUUUCUACAGCAAGCCGGUGCUCUGUUAGGUACUCAUAUGGGUGCUGUAAUCGCUAAUGUGGAUGGUCAUCAACAAAUCAUGUACAGUCUACAGGCACAACCGCUGGUCUCUUCAAACACCACAUCAAGAACUCAAGUUCUUCUUUCCUUGGAUGAGGCUUCCGAGUGUAUUUCAUCUAUGUCAGAUCCGAACUGUAUUACUUCUGGUAACAGUAUUCAUGUUGGUGCUGCUCAGUUACUAGAUGAAGCAGCAAGCGAACUAAAUAUCCCAUCAUCUCCUGCUGUAUCUCAUCCAGUGAAUACUGAUAUACUCGAGACUAAAGAUUUCGCCCCACAUACAACAGAACUUGAGUGUAAACCAAUUUUAAACACCAGUAGUGUUAUUAUUACUGACAAUCUUGUAAAUCUGACUGAAAAUCAAGCUGUUGAAAUUCACACGAUAGAAUCAAAUAACAGGGAGAGCUUAGAGCUGGGAGUCGAUAACACUGAUUCACAUCCGACAGUGAUUACAGAUGACGAUGAUAGGACUGUGUAACGCCAUCGUGAUGCCGCGUUCUUUUUAUCUCCUAAUUUCUUUGCUUCAAGACAAAUGUGUAAAUACCGCGAAUCAAAUUAUCGUAUAAUUGUGUUUUUUAUCUCUUCAUUCUCCCAAAGUGUUGUAUUACGUACUUAAAAAAAUCAUGCGUUCAUGAUUUUAAAAGUAACCCGCUAUAAAAAUCAUGUUAAUAAAUUGGGUACUAUUUCACAAAUAAAAUAAUUUAAUUUAAAAAAUUGUAACGACAUAUUCACAACAAAUUUUUUUCCUCCAAUUUUUGUGCAAUAUUUUAAGUAGUAUGUAUUCUAGAAAAAAGUUGUACUCACGAAAAUUCUUUGUUUCUACUGGUCCAUGUGAACAUUGACUACAUCGCGUAUUUUCAAAUAUAUUUUCGUGGUUAACAAUUUUGGGCUUCAAUUUCCUCGAAAGAUCCCAAUAUAUUUUGUUCUACUUGGUUAGUACUAUCCAUUUUGUCAGCUAUUAUUUCCAAAAUAUUAAGGAUUUCAGUUUACCUAUG